AUGUUAACCGCUGCCGAGUACAUUGCAGGCUUCGCCGGGCUCGUAACGGUUGCAUCAAUAUGGAACAUUUUCGGCGGCGAUAUGUUUCCUGCCGAGAAGGAUCCUACUGGAGACCCGAACAAAUGGACGGAGACAGAGCUCAGACGGUGGUUGAAGAAUCGAAACCUCACCGCAGAUUUGAAGCUGAGUAGAGAGGAAUUGAUCGAGCGAGUCAAGGCAAACCUGAGGGUAUGA